GUUAACAUCAGUCGAAAAUUUGAAGUUUCUAAUUGGCAAGAAAAAUAUAUGUCAAAAAUUUCGAUGUGUUUGAUCGUUUACACGAAGGCUUGAAAGAUAAAACAUAAGGAUGUACAAUAUUGGGAAUAUGGACGAGACCAAAAAAAAAUUGUUGCAACGUCGAAAUAUUGUUGAAAAUUUGGGUGGAAACCCCUCUUUUGUUCGUGGAAAAGAACGUAGAUUUUCCACUGAUUAUAGGAGUUUGAAGUCUGAGGAAAUUGAGAAUAUCAUCAAUAUUAACUUAUCUGGCAAUCGCAAGGACAGAGUUGGAAGCGGCAACCCCCAAACACCGUCACAACCAUGCCAAACCACCAUCAACCUUUACAUCAACGAUCCUCACAUCAUGCAGAAAAACUGGGAGAAGUACCGAAAAACUCCACCAAGAAGGAGGAUGAGAAACGAGAUAGUCCUUGGCAAGAACAUACCGGACCAUACGCUCAUGAAGAACCUUCUCGGAGAUCUCGGUGUCAAGAAAUACUCCUCUGCGCCAGAGAUGACCAACAAGCGUCUAAACUCUAGAAGAAGUUACCUGCCUAGCGAAAGAUACAGCAGUGAAAGAUCUUUGACAGACUCCUCUGAUGUUUUUCCUGAUGUAGGGACCUGGAGGAAUGAUGGUACCGCCGGUGGUACAAAAGAAGGUGCCACCUUCUUGUACGUCAACGAGGGAAGAAGUGGUGGGGAUUAUGCUAGGUCGAACAUAGAGAAAAUCAACGAAGAAGAUGAAAAGGAGGUUGAGGAAGAGAUUAAGAAUUGUCCAGUACACCAUUGCAACCGUACAGUUGAAAGAGUGGUCAAGGAUAAUGAUGUGAAAGAAGAAGAGCCACUUCACCAAGUCCAAAGAGACCCUCUGAAACGUUUCAAGAGGAAACCAUUCAGACUCAAUCCGUCUUCAAAAAACCCUGGAAUACUUUACCGUGACACUCUAGGAUCAAAACCAAACAAAAACGAAAAACUGGAACAGCCUAGAAGGGCGUUGCCAAGUUUUCAUCUCAGAACGCAGAUGGUUAGAGACGUAAUGAAGACAAGUCCUGAGUUGUUGCACUCGUAUGAAUCUGGGCUUAUGAGGAACCAAAAGAAGUUGUUUGACUCUUUACGACACAAGAACUUCCAGAAUGUUCUCUCUGAGAACAAGCCGCCGGAGUACGAUGAAGCUUUAGCCAGAAGGACAAGCAAAAAGUUCGAUCAGAUCAACAUCGAGCAGUCCAAACUGAUCCUUUCUGGAAAGAAUAAGCUGCCUGUGUGUUCUGUGGAAAGUCAUGGGACGUAUGAAGAAUAUAGGAAGAAUCUGGUCCAGAGACCUGAUGGUACCUUGGUCUGCAAAAACCUGGAUCAUGCGAACGAAGAUGUUUGGAGCAGGGCUGGAACCAGGAGCAUAAUAACUUCGGAGUUUGUCAAGGAUAAGGUGAAAAAGUUCGACAAUUUACUGGAUAAAAAAAAAGUUGAAACACUGCAUGAUCGUCAGAGGGGUGGUAAAAGCGAUAGAUACAUAAAGGACGAAUAUGAGAGGCCCCAUAAUACUUUUCAUGGUACAUUAUCCCACAAUCUGCUAAACGGGGAAUCAGUGACUUUUCCAAGAGAAACCAAGAACGCGAUGACAAGAUUAGCGUCAAGACAUUCGAAAAUGAUGGAUAGUGUGUAUAAUAGCGAAGAAAAUGACCGGAAAAUUUUCGCAACUCUGAGAGAAAUCAGGAAUUUACCGGUUCAUAGGAAAGAUAUUGAUGAUUCGUCUUCAGUUUGUUUGGACAGUAUGAACUCUACUGGGAUCAAUGAUAGAUACUGGCCAGGAGUGGCGGAACGUGUUCGGUCAGCGGCGGCGGAGAACAUGCCUUGAAGAAGUUAAUUGCCGAGGAAGGAAGCCAACUGGGCAUUAGACCGGAACAACGAAGAAAUGUACCGAUAUAUUUGAUUUCAUCCACGAACAUGUAUGGUAUCCUCCCAAUAAAUUUUAGUCAACUU